CCAAAAGCUUGGAUGAUUUUAAAAAAAAGAUCUUACUUUGUAUCUUCUUUGAAAAGACAAAGCAUCACUUGAAAUCACACCCCCGGAUGUCUUUAUGUGUUUCUGCAUCAACUGUCUGACCAUCAAACCAAAUUUAGGUCAUUUCCAUCCAUUAUCUAACACGUCACCAGUCCACUGCAGAACUUAAGCUACUUGUGAAUUGUAAUUAAGUUUUCACCCAAAAUUGUUUUGCGGUUCCACAAAUGUCCCCCUGGCUGCCAUUUUGGACGCUCCUGGCACAUGGAGAAAAGAAAAGAAGUUUAUUUCUCAUGCGCACCAGAUUCUCUUGGUAGCCAAAAAAUCUCCACAAACUCAAACUACUACAGAAAAUGGCUGCAGAAGAUGAUAUAUCCAACGCCCUGAAAGCACAUGUAUCUGACAAUGUCAUCCAAGGAAUUGAGUACCUUACGUGAAAAGCAGGAGUAAUUUUGCACCAAAAAAACAAAAAAAAUUAUCCCAGAGAUUUUCUAGAAAAAAAACAUGGAAAUUUCUGAGUUUCAAAAGUCGAACAUUUUUAGCGGCGCCCUCCACUUUGAGAAACGAUGCUCUAGAUCAAAACAUACUCAUCAGUGUGAAUGACCCAGUUCUAAAUCAGAGAAUCUGUGGCAAGGUUUGAAAGUUGAUGUACACUGAGACUUUUCAUCAACUCUCACCGAGCCUGAGCUACUUUGCAAAAAAUCAACCUCUAGAUAUCAACAGCUGGUAGAAAAAUACCUCAGAGGUUUGCAGCCCAAAGAAAAAAAGUAAACACCUAAUCAUUUGGCCAGAUAGAGAUUUAAAGAGUAGCAGCAAAAGCAAAUGAGAGGGAUUAGCAGUGCUACUGCCCACAGCAACACCUUGGACUCUUUGAAAAUAAUCUGAUGAUAUGAGUUACAACAUUUCAUUUCCCUUUGGGCAUAAAUAAAUUAUUACUGAAUUUCAACUGCUCAACCUUAUGUUGGUGUGUUGCGUUAAAACUCAAUGAAACACAUUAGAUUUUCUGGACUUAUUAUGGGAAAAACACUGAAAGGUCGACGAGUUUGAAGACUUUCCUGUUUGUGGGACUCCAAUUUCCUCUGCGUGUGGUGCACUGCCAGCUAUCAAAGUGGAGAAUGAAAUUGAAGACCUAUGAAUGAAACUCUAGGUUGAUGCAGAUGAGCCAGAAAUAGUACGAAUGUAAGCAUGUGUAUGUUGGCCAGGUCUCACUGGGCUCAAGCACAGGAACUCAAAAAAUCCUGGUAUUAGACCUCAGGCUUACACACGAGGUCUAGUGUGUAAGCCACAAGGAUCCUUUGAGUCUUAUUUAUUUACCUUAUUUAUAGGUAAAUAAAUGAGUAAAGACUUUAUAGGAUUUACGUGAGCUGAUAAAUAAAUGCGGCACUGAUAUACCAACUUGCUAUAGUACAACUCAAUUCACUCCUGUUUUUUUUUUUGUUUUUUGUAGUUUUGUUUUUUCUUUGCUUUUUGCAAAGCAAAACACGAAUUACAAAAUACUGAAGCAAAUAAUUCAGUUAAUCUUUCCUAAAAUACAAAUAAAAUCCAAAAACUGUACGAGUUACACUGUCAAACCUCCAUUCCUGCUCUCUCUUUAAUUCCCUCUCUCGCUCUGUUCGUAAAGUCCGUUUGAUUGAGCACCUUUUUUCCCUCUCUGGUGUGCUCAGCACAACCCGACCGCGCUCCUUUUCUCACACACUUGUCUGCAUGCGGCUGCUUGAACUCCAUGGGACGCGCCCCCCGUGCCCCCAUCCCCGCAUCUUACCGCCGCGCCUCUUGUUGGAUUCCUGAGGAUCCUUCGGGUCUGAGUGUCCCCUUCCUUGGAGUGCGAGGGUGACGGGUUCCCCAUCGACUACGGGUCCAGGGACACCAUCAUUAGAGCUGAUGUGAAAAAGGAGCGAAGGCGCGGGCAGAUAAAGAGGGCCGACAGCUGCAGCAGCUGGGAUCGAGGCCCCGUCAGAGAGAGGCACCAGGCUGAGUUCGGACUGAGCGGCGGUGCAGCCAUGCGCUGCUCCACCCUGCUGUUGAUCUUCACCGUGGUGCUCCUCUACUUGGUGAUGGGAGCGCUGGUGUUCCGCGCCCUGGAGGCUCCGCUGGAGGAAAAAGAGCAUGCGGUGCUGAUGGACCAAACCCGGGGUUUCCUGUUCAACAACUCCUGCAUUGACCUGUACGCCCUCAACGACUACGUUCAGAAAGUGCUUGAGGCUGUAGGUGCAGGAGUGGACGCUGAAGCUGCUAUCCUCAAUAAAACCUUUGCCACGAACUGGGAUGUAGCGAGUGCUCUUUUUUUCUCAGGGACAAUAAUGACUACCAUUGGCUAUGGAAACAUCUCCCCCAAGUCAGAUGGAGGGAAGCUCUUUUGCAUCUGUUUCGCCCUCGUGGGAAUCCCAAUGUUCGGCAUCCUGCUUGCUGGGGUUGGUGACCAUCUCGGUACUGGCCUGAGGAACACUGUUGCCAAAAUAGAGAAACUCUUCCUGAAGUGGCGCAUUAGUCCCACUAUUGUGCGUGUGAUCUCAGCAAUCCUGUCCAUCCUGCUGGGUUGCUUGCUUUUUCUUGCUCUGCCCACUUUGGUUUUUCAAGAAGUGGAAAACUGGUCCCUUCUGGAAUCUGCCUACUUUGUGGUUAUCACACUGACCACAGUGGGCUUUGGUGACUAUGUUGCAGGGGAAGGUGAAUUUAUGACCCGCAUAGGAGAGAACAUUCUGCCAGAGUACUGGUAUAAGCCUUUGGUGUGGUUUUGGAUCCUCCUGGGUCUUGCAUACUUUGCUUCCGUCCUGACAAUGAUCGGUAACUGGCUCCGGGUUCUAUCAAAGAAGACCAGAGCUGAGAUGGAGGAACUAAGAGCCCAUGCCACAGACUGGACCCAGAACAUCCAGAACAUGUCCGUGGACUUUCGUAUUCCAGGAAAUUUAGAGGACCCUUUCAAGCGUCGCCGGCGAAAGCGCCGCCAUCGCAGCCAUGGUCACAGUCACGGUCACGGUCACAGCCACUCGGCCAAUGGAGCCCCAGGAGAAAAACAAGAGCAAAACCAGAGUCAGACCGAAUCUGGAUCUUACUCUUCUUCCUAUUCAUCUUCUGAAUCAGAAUCCGGAUCAGAAUCAGAAACGGACUCUCGGGCCACACAGACCGACCGGGUUCCAGCAACGGAGGCUCCUCCAGACCUUGUCCAGCCGCAGCCUCUGGACUACUUGGCGGAGAACUUUGCCUUCAUUGACGAGUCCUCGGACGCUCAGAGUGGCAAAAUACAACUAGAACCUGUGCAAGAAUCAAAACAACCCAACUCUCGUCAGGCAAAGAGGAGACGCCAUAGGCGGCCGACUAAUAGAAAAAGCUCUAAAACCAACUACUCCAACAAUAACAAAAGGCAACCCAAUGGAAACACAACACCUGUCCCAGAUCUUCCAAAAAAGCCUCUGGACUGAAGGUACUAACACCUCAUGAGACUCUGCCCACUGCUGACAGAGGAGGUCUCAGUCCAGCAGUUCCUUUCUGUGUAAAUGCUGCCUAUAUACUGUCAGUUAAAAUGAAGACACAAUGCUGAUGCCUUAUAAACCUUUGUGUGGUUUGCCAUAUAACUUUUCUCUUUGCAUGUGAGUGCAUAUGCAACAAAUGAAAAGAUUAAGAUGCCAUAGGUUCUACGACUUUGUGAGGAGCUACUGCUCUCUACUGGCCUAAAACGGUAUUGCACUGAUCACCACUGUGUCAAAAUGAACCACUUUUUAAAAAAAUAAUCCGGGUACUGCAACCAGAUUUGUGUUGUCAGAAACUUGCUACAGCAGUGUGAAACUCAAUUUAGAGAAAUGUUACCUGAGUCCAUUAUCCUUGAAUCCCGCCAACAAUCAAACAGGUUUACUUUUUGGUACCUAAAGAGUUUGUAAAAAUAAUAUGCAUAGCCAUCCAUUUGCAUUUUUGAUGGUCAGAUUCAUCAGUGCUACUAUUCUGCAUAAGUGCAUUAAAGAACUUUUCAAAAAGAAA